AGCCCCUCCCCCUUCCACGCGCCUCUUCCUCUUCGCAUGCACUUCCUGCUGUAGAAAAGCUGUACGCAUGCGAAGUGAUUCUUCCUAUUUGGGGUAGAAAGACACAAGAACAGCACAUCAUGACGGAUGUCGAUUUCCAAAGUGGGGAUUCCGGGGCCUCUUCAACGUACCCACAGCAGUGCUCUGCAUUGAGGAAGAAUGGCUAUGUCAUGAUUAAAGAGCGUCCCUGUAAGAUCGUUGAAAUGAGUACCUCCAAGACUGGCAAGCAUGGACAUGCAAAGGUUCACCUUGUAGGAAUCGACGUCUUUACACAGAAGAAGUUAGAAGAUAUCUGCCCGUCUACCCAUAACAUGGAUGUCCCAAAUGUUACAAGAAAAGAUUACCAGGUUAUAGACGUCUCCGAAGGAUACCUGUCCCUGAUGGAUGAUGGUGGAAAUACCAGAGAGGACCUUAAACUGCCAGAUAACGAGCUGGGCAAAGAAAUCGAAAAGAGGUUCGAUAAUGGUGAAACUUUUAUGGUCUCUGUGCUGAAAGCCUUAGAUGAAGAAAUGGUGGUUGGCACCAAGGUUGUGUCCUAAUGUGUCCAGGACUACGCUGGAGGACCUCCCACUCUGUUCUCCAGUAUGGCUUUGAAGCCUUGCCAAAGUACUGGCCUUUCUCUUCCCCUACCCAUCUCCCCCCCCCCCCCCCCCACACCCCCCCACCCACACCCACCCCACCACCGACCUCUCCACUAGUUUCCCUGCUGGUCCCCCGAAACCUGGAAACUGGACUGGGUUAGCUUCUUCAACUUUACCUUGGGGGGUCAGGGCUGACUGACAUUCUCUUCAAUCAAUGAAGUUAUCAACCUGUAGCUGUCGCAGCUUUACUUUGCAAUGGCUAUUGAUAUUAUUCCGGCAAUUCUUAACAUUCCAGCAUUUCAUAACAUUGUAUGGGUGACUUUUUUUUUUCUGUGUGCAUUACUUUUUAAAUCCUGCAAAUUGACCUUUUUCUCUUUGACUUAAGUUGUCUGAGUCAUGUAUUUUAAGGAUUGUUUACAGUUGAGAUGCUUCACCUUGCUUUCAACAUAAAUCCCCCCCCCCCUUCCUAAAAUAGUUUUCUUUUAAAAACAACAACAAAUAACUUCAUUGAUGGUUGGAAUUGCCUUUCUGCCUUUGACAAUUAAAACAUGCAUGUACAUGCACACUUAUAAUUGACUUGUAAACACAUGCCCUAGCAGCUAUUAAAAUGUAAACCGCAAACAUUUUAUUUACCGGGUGUCAAUAAGAUGGUUCUUUUGUAGCAGGUGUCUGGUGUCACAGUUGUUCUGGAGCUGAAGCCACCUGGAAAAGGCUGGCUGGCUGGCUGUGGCCAUUUUCUUUUCUAUGCUUUUAAACAUUUUUUCUUUCACUUGAGGCCUUUUAUAAGCAACAAAUGUAUAAAAACAUUUUUUUCUUUUUCUUUUUGGAAGAACAAAACACUGAAAACCUUAAUUAUUUGCAACUUCACAGUGCUAAAGAAUUCUUAGCAUUCAGUUGUGGAAACCAGAAACAUUUCAUUUCUUAGACGUAAUCAAAUGUAGAUGGUAGUUCUGCUGUGGGUCAUCUAAAGUCUUGCUGUUAGGGAAGACAUUGGUGCUCAAGAACAGAAUAGAUGAGGGAUAUAUUUUGGGUUGUGGGGGGGGGGCAUAAAGUAGUUUUUGGGGUUGGUAGUUCUGCUUCCAGUUAAAUGGGAUUUUUAAGCAUUUUGAGCAGAGUUUGCACUCAGACAGAAUGUGGCUCAAACAUUUUUAUGAAAUAAAAAUACCAAUAAGGUGACUGGUUCUCUACGUUUACAUCCACACAAAACGUAUUGGGGACAUCUGGUAAUUGUAAGAAAAUCAGAAUGUGUUUACAUGCACUGCAUUAAUGUGGUUGCUGUAGAAUCUGCCUUUACAUGCAGAUAGUCCGUUUUCUUCUCUACCUCCUACCAUAAAAUUAGUCAUAAAUGUAUUUGCAGUAUAUUACAAGCACAGCAGCCCGAGUUUCUUUUCCUAGUUUUUCUGAUCCGAGCAUUUGCACUGACGGUGCAGCGAGGAGGGUAGACUCUAGUAAAGUUUCAAGAUUGCAUGUGUUGAGAAAUUUACAGAUAACCUGCUAUUCAGCUAUAAAAAUUACUUUAGACUAGUUUGUUUUUAGACUGAGUUUGGAUUUUAGCUAUCUUCUGUUGUCAUAGCAAUACUUUUCUUAUUUCUAUUUCCUAGUUUUGUUUAUGAUCCUGUGCGCUUGUUAAAAAA